UCUUUGGCAUCGAUGCAUCUGGUUGCCCAAUCUUACACGUUCUUUUUCACUUGUGGAUGAUUUGCUUCUGAAAGAUCUGCUUCAGUUUUAUAAAUGUCUUCAUAGUCUGCAGUUAGGGUUAACGCAUAUGUGCCGUUUUCCCACAUUCUGCCAGACAAACGAGUCAAACUCAAAAUCCCUCAUGUGCCACACAGCUACAUCGGGUUUAAUCAUAAAACUGCAGUGUAUUCAGUGGCAAGCUCCUGUUUCCUCUCCCCCAGAUGAGAGGAGAGCAGUGCAGAGGAGAGCCUUCACCAGGUGGAUGAAUGUGUUUCUGCAGAGACGCGAUCCUCCAGUCGAGGUGCACGACCUGUUCACAGACAUUCAGGAUGGACGAAUACUGAUGGCUCUGCUGGAGGACCUGUCCGGGUGCAAGCUACUUUACAGGUUUAGGUCAUCUUCUCACCGCAUCUUCAGACUGAACAACAUUUCCAAGGCUCUGGCUUUCCUGGAUGAUAGACACGUGAAGCUGCCUGGCAUCGAUGCCUCAGGUAUCGCUGAUGGGAUCCCCUCUGCUGUUCUUAACCUUGUCUGGAAUAUGAUCCUGUAUUUCCAGGUAAAGGAAGUAUCGCGAGGCCUCCAGAGGCAUUUCUCUUCCAGCCUCUCUUCCUUAUCCACGAGCAGUUACCCCUCCUCCAGCGACCUCCCACCCCAGCCAAAUGACAUUGGCAGCUACUCCUGCAACACCCUGCCAAGCAAAGGCAGAAAGGCUGCCAGAGAGCCAAAGUACCAUGGGAAAGCAAUAAAGACUCUGCUGCAAUGGGUCCAAAGAUGCACAUCAAAGUUUGGGGUGGAGGUGCAUGACUUUGGCAGGAGCUGGAGGAGUGGGCUUGCAUUCCUAGCUAUGAUUAAGUUCAUAAACCCAGACUUGGUGGACCUGAGGGAGAGCCUGUCCAGACAUCCAAGAGAAAACAUUCAGCUGGCCUUCACGAUAGCCCAUCACAGUUUGGAUAUACCGCCUCUGCUGGAGCCAGAAGAUGUGUCUGGCACUUCACCAGAUGAGCAGUCCAUCAUCACCUAUGUGUCUAUGUUUCUGAGCCAUUGUUCAGACACGGAUGAAGACCAUACAGCAGAUAUCGAAGUUCCUGAGAUCCCAGAUUUUGGAUCACUCGAGUCUGUGAGCUCUGGAGAGACCCACGCCGACGACCCUAAAGCCCAAGCAGCAGUCCAAAGCUUAGAGAAGAGCAGCGAGCAGCUACUGUGGAAUCGCUGGGCCCGAAGAUCCUCAGGGAGUCCCCAAAACACCUUGCUUCAAACUAGUGAGGCCAUGCCACCAUUCAACAAAAAAAGAAGCAGGAGUCGAAGCAUUUUACAGCCACCCAGUCCUCUGGAAGCAAACAUAGUCAGCCAGGAGAUCCGAUCAUGGAUGGAGAACGCAUCUGCGGAUCAGGCCGAUAGCAAGCCCAGAGUGGAUGAAAGUCACCUUUCUUUGAGCUCAGAGGAAGGAAUCUACAGCUUGUCAGCACUGGACUCAGAUGAGGAGGAUGCCUACAGCUACAUCCUGGAUCUGAAGAACGAGGAUUUUCAACCAUAUAAUAAGCUGAAAGGACAAGUGCCAAGGGUUGAAGAGGAAACAGAGGAAGACAUGUUCCUGAGCGGAGAACAGACUGAAGAGUCAAAACAUCUGGAAGUAUUGAAGAAUACAUUAAACGGGAGUGAGCAUCAAGAAGACUCACUAGCACAAAAUGUUGAACCAGAGGUCAGGGCUCAGUCAGGGGUUCAUAGGAUGUUUGAAUGGGACAAAAGUGAAAGUAGUUCCAGAGUGAUGGCACACGGUAUAGUUGUGUUUGACACAGAGCCAGAGGAGGACAGCAGAAGCAGAGAGGAACGUGGAGACGAGAGAGUUGUUAGACGACAGAGUAAUGAUGAGGGUGAUUGCUGUGAGAGAGAGAGGAAGAAGGAAAUGACAGAAAAUGCGAGAUUGGUGAAGCAUGGAUGUGAUAAAAGAGAAGCUCUGAUGGGUGAAACAAAGAACUCAAAGCUUUUUGAUGUGGAUAGUUAUAAGAUAGAAGUUGAGAAACAGACUGAAGGAGGACUUGAAAACAGAGUGAUGGACAACGAAAAAGAGGAGGAAAAUGUGCCAAAAUUUCAGGAAGGGCAGGAGAGAAAGUCAGGUAAAGAACAAGAGGAAGAUGAUAAGGAUGAGGAGAGGGAAACUAAGCAAAGUGUUGUGAAUUUAGAACGUUUCAAGGUAGGAGUACAUGAAGUAAUAAUAACUGAUGAGACUGUAUAUGAAACUAGAAUAAACAUCAAAGGAGGAAAUGACGGGAAAGAAAAUGGCCCAAACAUGGAAGAAUUAACUCGUGAAGAUGACAAGGAAGAAUCCAGUGAUGAAGUCAUGACUUCUGAAGUUAUUGCAGCGGAGCGACAAGACAGGAACCUUAAGAUUAAGAGACGUGAACACACUGGCAACACGGCAACAAUAGCCGGUAAAACGGCCCCCAAAAAUGACACUAAUGGAGGUGUUAAUGUCCGUGGUGUUGAAAGCGGUUGGACUCCUGCCUGUACUGCAACUUCUCAGUCAUUCAGAGAGGGGGGAUUCAUCCCUCAAUCCUCAGCUGCUCCUUGUGACAUAACCCCAUUAGAGCUGGAGAUGCUCUUGGUCCUGUGGAUCCUGCUCUACUGCUGCUUCAUCUUCUGAGUCCCCCUGCAGUGCACCCUUCUUAUUAAGAUAUGCUUAUUAGCCCAGUUUCCACUAACAAGCCGAACAAGGACACUUAGGGCUGGAUUGACUCUUUAUCUGGGUCACACAAUUCCCCUCAAGGCAACACUUCAUGACUGUGUUUGCUUUUUGCUGCCAGCAGAAAUGAUUAGUCAUUUGGGUUUCAGAUAAAACACAGCACUAUUGCUGUUAGCCCCAUUAAUACACAUUUUGUCAGCUACUCUGUCUUACCCUGCACACACGACCGGACAUGGGAUGUGAGGUGUUUGUUCAUGUCCAAAAUGCUCUGUGUAUUCAAUUUAUUUUUCAGGCAGAGAUCCACCUUUCAAUUUAAAAUACUUUCAUUGAUUUUAUAAACCACAUGGUGGCGUCGCAGCAUCACAGCAACUGUCACACGGCGUCGACUGCUGAGA